AUUCACACGUUAAUCCAGCCAGAUUAAAUGGCACAUUCUACUUUGUGCCCUUAGCUUGGCCCAGGGGCCAGACUGAACCUACAAACACAGACCACAGAACUGGUCUUGCCCUUCAUGUCUAGACUCAGACCCAGACUGUGCUUCAAUACCUGAGACUAGAUCCAGACAGUUUCAUCGGUGUGUUAAGGAUCACAACCUAUAUCCAGGCCUGACUGGGAGCACAGGAGUGAUCCCAGCCCUGAAGGGUGCUGCUGCCCCAGGUGCCCUCUCGUAAGCCCAGGGUGCUGCUGGGGGAAGCUCAGGUGCCCACCUCACCCAGCUUUCCUGGGUGCUGCCAUCACUGGGUCUUAUGCCAGCUCCUGCUGGCAGCUAUCCUGUCUUUGAGGUACCCAAGUCCUUGGCAAGGCAGCCUGUGCUAGUCCAAAACUUCUCCUGAGCUGGGUACAGUGAGCUGUGACCAUGUGGCUUAAUUACAUUCAAACCCAUCCUGUCCUGACGGAGCCUCAUCCAAGGGUGUGUGCAUGACCCUGUGCUGGAGGGAUUUGCCUUCCAGAAAAGGACAAUGAGAGCUGCAGGAAAGAUUCUGCUGUGGGAAUUCAGCAGGACUCUCUUAAGCACAACUCAUCUCUAUGCAGCCAGUCUGGACUUGCCUGGAAAACAAGCAUAUGAAACCCUAGGAAUAAAUCACCUACUUCCUCCUGAGGACCUGUAAGUCUCACCGGGCAAGCCAGUCAUGUAGCUGCAAAGGAUGCAAAUAAACUCUGCUGUGUAAUUAGCACCCUUUGUGUGCCAGGGCAAUCAUUCCUAACCCCACAUGCAACCAGGAGCCAGGUCUGCCUGCACGGGGCUCAAUUCCUAACACCCUUCCCAGGUGUAAAGCUGCACUGCUUCCCUCAAAUCAGGAUCACAUGGUGAUGCUUUGCCCCUUAUGGGAGGAGCUGGCUUGUGAUAUGAGAGAUCAGUCAUGCUGCAAGGACAAAUAUCCUCUUCUAAAACCCACAGCCAGUGCUGAUAGGAGUGUUUGCUGGUAAAUACCUGCAGCACGCUGAGCUAAAUUAGUCUGAUUUUAUUACAUUAAAGAAUGUCUACAUAGCAUUUUUCCUGAUAAGACUCUGAACUGCCACUGAGGCCUCUGUGAUUGUGGAGUACUUUCCAUCCCAAACUGUCCCUGGUAGCCUGAUUUUUGCAUUCUGCACCAUGCAGACAAAGCACUGGUAGUAUGGGCUGAAGCACAGUCACUGAUCAUAUGGGGACUCCUCCUCCCUUGAGCCUUGCUGUUUGUACCAGAAAAACAGACGCAGCUCCUUGGAAGGAGGCCGUGUGACUUCAGGGGCUGGUGUGAUUGUCUCUGCAAGACAUUUGAUGGGUGCCACAGUGACAGCUGGAGCAAUGCUUCUUUUUCUAGGAUGAGAGGUUAGAAAAUAGGAGUCCGGGGGCGUGGGAAAGCUCUUUCUCUGUGCUGUCCUUGAUGGCCUAAAGGAUCAUUGGGAAAUGACACCAAGAGGAUCCAAACCUGAGAGAUGCUUCUCAUUUUUAGAGGUGCAGAGCAGGCAGCAGGUGGGUAAGCAGAGCUGGCCCCCAGGUGAGGCUGGAAGCAGCGUGCUGGCUGUAGACAGGGGCAUCUCUGCAGUGGGGCAGCCCUGGGCACUCCAAGCAGCACUGCAGCCUUCAAAGGAGUCAGUAUCUAUCCAGACUUUAAAAACAACCUCGUCUUGUGCUGUUGCAUAAGAGCGAGAUGGAAAUCUCACUGUGUUUAUACAGAAAUGACAGGACUCUGCUUGAGCAAAUGCUUGCAAUGAAAGACUCAGCUGGCUGUGGAGCUUUGCUUCCAGAAGCAGAAGAAAAACACGUAGCCAUUUAAUCCUUUGAAGACUUCAGUCACUCUGAUAAGAUGUAGACAGGGCAGGACAAGGGAGAUGGCUUUCACGUGCCCCUGCAAGACUGUCACCUCCUGUCACCUCCCUGGACAGGCUGUGUCCCACCACCCCAGAGAGCCACACAGGCAGCAUGGCUCCUGAGCCUGCCCACUGCCCUUUCCCCCGCUGUGACACAGUCCCUCGAUUUAAACCCUUAAUCCUGGGAAGAUUGUGCAAUAGCUCCUUCAGGCUGAGAACGGAUUAUGCCCGUUUCAAAGGUAUUUGGCACUCUGGCAGCACCGGGAGAGCCCAAUCAACCGGCCCAACCUCUCCUGCAAGAGCACCUGCAGGCAAUUCUUGCAGCUGGUGCCUAGCAACUUGCUCUGAGCUGCUCUCACAGCUAAAAUUCAAUUUUAUUUCCAACUUCCUCCCCAGAGGAGCAGCUCCUGGGUCAGCAUCAGGGAAGAAGGAGAUGUUUCCCACUCAGCUUGCUAUAAAUUAGUGGUAUGGGAGGGGCUGCUUUCUCUCUGGAGCGUGUGUCCUGCAGCCAGCUAAAAAGACAUCUCCUCUCAGCAUGCGGGACAGCUUCAGGUUGAAGAGAUUAAGUAAAAUUUUUUUUCUCUCCUUCCCAAUUUGUUUUCUGCUCCCAAAUGCCUCUGCUUUCUCGCAGUUCUCUGCAGAAGAACCAGGCUUGGAUUCAUGCUGUGUCUCACCUUGGCUUUGCUUGGGUGAGCCGCAGGUUAUGCCAACACACACAGGUAGUUACAAGCCCGGGGCUGUGCUGAGCACUCUCUAAUGACGCACAGAAACUUUUAGAUCACCUGUGUGACAAAUGAAGGCAGCCCCGAAUCUGAGAGAGAUGCCCUUGGGAAACGGCGAGCACCAGAAAAAAAAAAAAAAAAAAAAAAAAGCAUCGGAAACCAAGAUUACCUGUUUACGGGGCUGAGAUGUUUGCCGAGGUAGUGAGGCAAACAUCAGCCAGCCUGGGCAGGACCGAGCAGCCUGUUCCUGCAUGUGGGCAGGGCACAGGAAUGGGCGCCGGGAAGAGGGAGCCAAAGGGAGGAUCCAGCUGCAGAGUGGGCAGAGGCUCGGGGAGCAGCACAUCCUCCAGCGCCUGCUGGCACGGUGCAGAGGGAGGAGCGCUCCAGCUGGAAGAGUUGGGAAGCUGUGAGUAGAUGAAGUCCAUAAGUAGUAGGGCUGUGGUACGGCAGCCUGGGUGUCUUUCAGAGAAAAGCAAGACGAGGUGCCUUGUAGGGCAUUUCCAAACUCUGGGAGGGCACGUGUUUGCCUCCAGGAGCAAGCCCGAGAGCCAGACAGAUUUCCCAGUGGGAGUUUGUUAGGACAUCUCAGACUUGCCUGUGUGACACAGCCCCCUUGGUGGGGUCUGGUUCACCACUGCAGAGCUGACCUCUCCUUGCCUCCCCAGUUUUAUUCCUUGGGAAGCCCUGAGUGGUCCUUCAGCCAGAGGGUUGGAGGUGCCUUAUUGCUGUGGACAGGGUGGUUUUCAGCAGAGCCACCUGUAUCUCACAGCUGUCUGCCCUCAGCUCCUGACUGCCUGCAGCACUGCACAGUCUGGAAGGAGGAGUGGGAAUCACCUGGUCACUAGUUUGGACUCGACAGCCUGAAGCAGAUGAGGAGAGAGGUUGGUAAGCGCAGAAGCACCAAUGGAGACGUCUCCAGCUCAUCCCAGGACCCUCAGGCCUCCAAGGUGGGACAUGGCUCUGUUCCCCAGCCCAGCAGCGGUGCUCAGCGUGCUUCAGGUAAGCUUUAUGAAGAAGAAGAGGACGAUGCCCUGCCAGACUCAGAUGCCCUGCCGGACUCGGAUGACGAGGUGGAACUGGAUAAGCCGCGCCCCAUACAAAUUGUCCUUGCUCAUGAAGAUGACCAUAACUUUGAAUUAGAUGAAUCAGCAUUGGAAAAAAUCUUGCUUCAGGAACAUAUUAAAGAUCUUAACAUAGUAGUUGUGUCUGUAGCAGGAGCUUUCCGCAAAGGAAAAUCUUUUCUGCUGGACUUCAUGCUUAGAUACAUGUAUAACAGGACUUCUCCUUGCUGGAUAGGUGGAAACACCGAGCCAUUGACUGGGUUUACAUGGAGAGGUGGAUGUGAACGGGAAACCACUGGCAUUCAGAUUUGGAGUGAAGUGUUUGUAAUUGAGAAACCUAAUGGAACAAAGGUUGCUGUACUACUCAUGGAUACCCAAGGUGCCUUUGAUAGCCAAUCCACUAUCAAAGACUGUGCAACAGUUUUUGCCCUGAGCACCAUGACGAGCUCUGUCCAGGUAUACAACUUGUCUCAGAAUAUUCAGGAAGAUGACCUUCAACACUUGCAGUUGUUUACAGAGUAUGGAAGACUAGCUAUGGAAGAAAUUUACCAAAAGCCGUUUCAGACAUUAAUGUUCUUAAUUAGAGAUUGGAGUUAUCCUUAUGAACAUGCAUAUGGCUUGGAGGGAGGAAAAAAGUUCCUAGAGAAAAGAUUGCAGGUAAAGCAAAACCAACAUGAAGAGCUACAGAAUGUAAGGAAGCAUAUUCACUCCUGUUUCAGUAAUCUUGGGUGUUUCCUGUUGCCCCACCCUGGUCUUAAAGUUGCAACAAAUCCAAAUUUUGAUGGGAGAUUGAAUGAUAUAGACGAGGAUUUUAAGAAUGAGCUGCGGAAUUUGGUACCAUUACUGCUUGCCCCUGAAAACCUGGUAGAAAAAGAGAUUAGUGGAUCCAAGGUGACCUGUAGAGAUCUUGUAGAAUACUUCAAGGCUUACAUUAAAAUCUAUCAAGGAGAGGAGCUACCUCAUCCGAAAUCUAUGCUGCAGGCAACAGCUGAAGCGAACAAUCUUGCUGCUGUGGCAGGAGCAAAAGACUUGUACAGCAAAGGCAUGGAGCAGGUGUGUGGGGGAGAUAAGCCUUACAUUGCCCCGUCGGACCUCGAGCGGAAGCACCAGGAUUUCCGAGAGAGCGCCAUCCGGCAGUUCCGCUCCGUCAAGAAGAUGGGAGGGGAGGAGUUCUGCCGGCGCUACCAGGAGCAACUGGAAGUGGAAAUCGAAGAGAUCUAUGCAAACUUCGUGAAGCACAACGAUGGCAAAAACAUCUUUUAUGCUGCUCGUACCCCUGCCACUCUGUUUGCAGUCAUGUUUGCCAUGUACAUAAUCUCAGGACUGACUGGGUUCCUUGGCAUGAACUCCAUAGCUGCCCUGUGUAAUCUCGUGCUGGGGAUGGCUCUUAUAUCGUUUUGUACUUGGGCAUACGUUAAGUACUCUGGGGAAUUCAGAGAAGUUGGAACAGCCAUUGAUCAGAUCGCUGAAGCUAUAUGGGAACAGAGGAAUCCCAGGAAGGUGUUUUCCAAACUCUUUGAAGUCCUUAGACGCCGAACGGUUCGUCGUGCUCUUACAUCAGUGCCGCGACAGCGACUCUCAUCCAACAAUAACAAGAAGAAAAACUAGCCAGUGUUGAAGCCCAUGAGUGAUAAUUUGAUGGAGGAUCACAUGAGGCAGUCUGUAAAAAACUCUAUCAAAGCAGGCCUGACCGAGCAGGUGG